AUGCCACUUUCAUAUCUUUCCAAUGUCAUUCAUCCUCCCUCUGGUUCUUCAGAACAACCACCAGAACAUCGUAAUAUCUAUUUUUUACAACGUAGAUGGGCUAAUUCUUAUGCUGGAUGCAAAUAUCUAGCAUUGGGUUUGAACAUGAUUUAUAUCAUCCGUACUUUUAAUAGUUUGCAUGAAUCUGGUACGGCAGCUGUCAACGCAGGUCGUCAUGGAAAACAAACGCCAUUGAUGAUUCAAGCCAUCUUUCAACUUUUUAUAUAUGCACUUAUGUUGAUCUGUCUUAUCAUGGAUAUUGUUGUCAUUAGUACACGUAAAUUAUCCAUAGCUGAUUGGUUUUGGCGACCAGGUAUUAUUUAUUUUGUACUUGCUACGAGUGACCAAAGCAUCCGUUUAUUAAACUAUUUGACAACUACACAAUAUUCAUUUGAGAUAUGUCAAGAAGAACUAGGACCAUUUAUUCCUCUUCCACUUGCCAUCCAUAUAUGUGAAUUAAGAAUCCAGCUAAAUUGUAUUACAGGAGGUUUACGUCUUUGUCGAGAUAUCUUGAUUGGGUGCGUCUAUGUUUUCUCUGUUCAUUAUUAUGUGACUCAUCUUAUCAGUGAACUAAAACUUCAAGAGAAUGAGGCAGUAUCAAUGAAUAAUGUGACAACAUAUCAUCAUGAUUUACAAACCACCAAUCAAUCUAGAAAUUCCAAUGAAGUACCAAUGACAGAACCUUUUGUUGUAGGAGGUAGAUUACCAUGA